GCCGGUUUCCGGGCUGGGCUUAAAGCCGUGUUCCGCGCUAUGGGGUGUUGGCAGCGUUUGUUGAUUUUUGGCGGGGUAUCGCUUCGGGUUGGUGGCCGGGCCAGUGUCCCGCUUGGGGGAAGCCGAGUGUUGGUUUGUCGGCGCCAGUUAUCUGGCGCUGACAGUGAGACCCUAAAACAAAGAAGAGCACAAAUCAUGUCCCGAGGACUUCCAAAGCAGAAACCAAUAGAAGGUGUAAAGCAAGUUAUAGUUGUGGCUUCUGGAAAAGGUGGAGUUGGAAAGUCUACUACAGCAGUGAACCUUGCACUUGCACUAGCAGCGAAUGAUUCGUCAAAGGCCAUUGGCUUGCUAGAUGUGGAUGUGUAUGGCCCUUCAAUUCCGAAGAUGAUGAAUCUGAAAGGAAAUCCGGAAUUAUCACAGAGCAACCUAAUGAGGCCUCUUUUGAAUUAUGGUAUUGCUUGUAUGUCUAUGGGCUUCCUGGUUGAAGAGACUGCACCAGUUGUUUGGAGAGGCCUUAUGGUAAUGUCAGCUAUUGAAAAACUGUUGAGGCAGGUAGAUUGGGGCCAACUCGACUAUUUAGUUGUUGACAUGCCACCAGGAACUGGAGAUGUGCAGUUAUCAGUCUCACAGAAUAUUCCCAUUUCAGGUGCUGUGAUUGUCUCCACACCCCAGGACAUUGCACUGAUGGACGCUCGCAAGGGUGCUGAGAUGUUUCGAAAAGUCCAUGUGCCUGUCCUGGGCCUUGUCCAAAAUAUGAGUGUUUUCCAGUGUCCAAAAUGUAAACAUAGAACUCAUAUUUUUGGUGCUGAUGGUGCAAGAAGACUAGCACGGACCCUUGAUCUUGAUGUUCUAGGAGACAUUCCCUUACAUCUUAAUAUAAGGGAAACUUCAGAUACAGGCCAGCCGAUUGUGUUUUCACAGCCUGAAAGUGAUGAGGCCAAAGCUUACCUGAGGAUUGCUGCAGAAGUGGUAAAAAGAUUGCCACCACCUCUAGAGUGAGUUCCCCAGAUGUUCUGGAAAUUUACCUGGUGCUUAACAGUAAGACGACUUUUGGAAAUAGCAGUGUGGUGAUGAAACCUACAGGAAUAAUAGCAAUCAUAGUUGUUUUCUUGUAUUUCUAAAGAAAUGUCUUAUUUUCGGAUUUGAUUUGCUAAGCAGUGACUCACAAAUAAAAUUUUCAUACAUCAAUGCUAACUGCUACAUUUAGGAAUUUUUUUGAAAGCUGAUGUGUACCAACUGCACAGAAAUGUGUUUUAUUUUAAUGAACGACCCUUUGGGGAAUCAUGAGUUUGUGUUAGAAGCCCAGCCUUCCAUUGAGGAAAGAACUGUGCUCUUUUGGGGGGAUUACAGAGUUAGUCAUUUAAAGGAUUUACUAAAUUUGUGUGCUGAUGUAAGUAUGACAACUCUCCAUCAGUCAGUUUGGUCUAGAUUUAAAUCUUGCCUUGGACUAUCUUGGACACAUUCUUAAUAUAAAUAAACCUCUGCUUCAUCUGGACCAGGCUUUAUCCUAGACUUACUGAAUAUAAUCUGCAGGGGUGGGGCUGGGACAUGUGUAUUUUUAACAAGAUUAUACUGAUUUUGAUGAUUCUGAUUAUGAUGGAAAUAGAAUAAUAGGUAACAAUUUAUGAAGUGUUUUCUUGUGUUAUUAUAGUUAAUCUUCCAUUCAUAUGAGUGGGGCACUGUUGUUGUCUCCACUUUAUAGAAAUGAGAAAACUGAGGUAUGGGAGUGUUAAGUGUCUUGCUGAAGGUUACUGUUCCAGCAAGCGCUGGAACUGGAGUUUGAACUUGGGCACUGGGAUACUGGAUCCUUCCUUUUUUACACUAAAGAGUAUUCAUUUAUUUCAAAAGAGAAAUAUGGUAUUAAGCAUUUCCCUCAAACUUACUGCACUGUGAAACCCUCCCCUCUCCCCUUAUAGGAGCAUUUCAUGGAGUUCGUGUUUCAAAUGGUACACUUUGAAAAACAUUUAUCUUGUCUAGUUGAGGCUCAGAGAAAUUCAGGGGGCUUUCCAAGGUCAGGUAGCAAGAUAGUUAUAAAGCUGCAAGUACUUGUAAGAACCAUUAGUUGAUAAAGAAGCAGUCUAUGACCUUUAGCAAAUACCUUCACAUCUUUUGCUUUGUCUCUGGCUUAAAUAGCCAGAAAAUUCGGCAAAGAGUUACCUGUCAUUAUAAACAUGUUUUCACACACUUAUGUUCACAUAAAAAAAACUAUGUGAGUGUUUAUGGAGGUUUUGUUUGUAAUAGCCAAAAGCAACGCAGAGUUUUUCAGUGGGCAAAUAGUCAAACGAACUGUGAUAUAUGCAUACCAUGGAAUACUACUCAGCAGUGCAAAAGAACAAACUAUGGAUACGUGUAACAAUGUGGAUGAAUUCCGGAGAAUUAUGCCGAUGAAAAAGCCAGUCCUAAAAUUUUUUAUACCAUAUGGUUCUAUUUAUGGAACAUUCUUGAAAUAACAAAAAUUAUAGAAAUGGAGAAUAGAUUAGUGGUUUUCAGAAUUUAAGGGGGGAGGGUUGCAGGGAAGAGAAUUAUGUGUGGCUAUAAAAGGGCAACAUAAGGAAUCCUUGUGAUGAUGGAAAUGUGUUCUGUAUUUUGACUGUGUCAGUGUCAAUAUCUUGGGAGCUAUUGUACUAUAGUUUUGCAAGUUGUUAUUGGAGGAAAUUGGGUAAAAGGGCACAAUGGAAUCUGCAUUAUUUCUUACAACUGCAUGUGAAUCUACAAUUACCUCAAAAUAAAAAUAAAAGUUUAAUUAAAUAAAACAAACGUGCUACUGUGCCUGAACUGAAAUGACUUGGGCCAAAUUAUCCAUGCUAAUUAAAAUCAUGAAUAAAAGUAUUUGUGAAUACACAGUAAUCAACCUUAAUCACUGUGAGGAGGAAAUGACUUUAUAUAUAUUUCUGUUUUUAUCAUUUUUUUGAGAGAAGGCUAAUGUAAAUAAUCAUUGAGCACUUCUAAAUACCAAAAAGCAGGUACUUGAACCAGGCUUAACUUUACCUAGAAAAAGAAUGAUUUAAAUAAGCUCCAGAGACACUAAAGGUUGUGUGCCAAUUUAAUACACCUCAUAGAGAAAUGGGAAAGAUCAUUUUUUUUCUCAUAAAUACAUGACUUAGAAAAGAGCUACAUGUAAAAUCACCCUUGCCCACAAGUCUCUGCAGAUGCUUCCAGGAAAGCCACUGAAAAGAUGGUGGUUGGAGUAUAUAUGCAGGUUCAUAAGUAGAAGAAGAAAAAGUAGCUCUAAGAGCAAGAAUGAAACUUGUUCUAAAAUUUAGCCUAUGGCAGCCUUUGCUAAGCUUCAAAGAGCUGACUUUAAAGAUAGACUGUCAAGCACAGCUAGUCUGCCUGUUGUUAGGGGUAAUAUUUAUUCCUUAUUCUUCACAUUUCCAUAGAGUUUAGAGAAUUUCCAUUCCACUCUCCAGAAGGUGAAGACAAGCUGCCCCACCCCAUGCCAGGGAAGGAGGAGAGACGCAUCUCAUGAGUAAAUUUCUUCCUGUCUGCAUUUCUUUGAUUUUAGCCAAAUCCUGAGCUUUCUGAGGCAGGCUACAGGGAAACCUGUCCAUCUCUGCCUUGGACUUGGGUGGGCAAGUCCAUCUAAUUUCGGGGUUGGGCAUUUGGUAGCCCACUAUGGUCACAUAUCCUCUAAUCCAGCUUUUUGUCAGUAAUAUAGUAAUAUUAUUUACCUUUAUCUGAAUUCUGUGUAUCUCAGUUCCAAACAGGGGAAGAAACCUCCCCCCCGCCAGUCACCACACUCCAAAAAACAUACCAAAUAUCGUUCUAGAAUCCUAGAAAAUCAGAACCAAAGAGUACAUUAGAGUUCAGAUACUUGCAUCUCUCCAUUGGAAACACUUCUAAUAAAAAAAAUAAGUUCACCAAUGGCCAGAAGCUUUCUGGGGGAGAGGAGGAGGUUAUAAUGAAGUAUACUAUAUAUAUAUAUAUAUAUAUAUAUAUAUAUAUAUAUAUAUAUAUAUACACACACACAGUAAAGCAUGGGAGACAUAAAUAUAUAGGUCAGUUGUCUACAAAGUGGACACCUAUGUAACUACCAACCAGGUAAGAAGUAAACCAAUACCAACAUCACAGAAGCUUCAGUAUUUUCUCUCACAAUUGCUUCCCUCUCCCCUUACAAAGUUAACCAUAUACUGAUGUUAUAAGACCUAAGCUUGUACCCUUCAACAUUAUAGUUUUGCCUAUUUUUUGCAGUUUAUAUUAAAUGGAAUUAUACAGUAUUUUGCUGUAUAUUAAUUGCUUUUAUUUUGCCCUAUAUUAACUGCUCUGUCUUGUUUCUGAGCUCCACGUCUACUGUUGCAUAAAGCAAUUAUUCAUAUUAUUUGCUGUAGAAUAUUAUGUUGUUGGAAUAUACCCAACUUGCCUGUUCCACUGUAGAUGGAUAUUUGGAUUGAUUUCAAUGUUUUAUUCUUACAAAUGGUGCUGCUCUGAGCAUUCUUGUAUAUAUUUUCUUGGUAUUCCAUACUUAAAUUUCUGUUGAGUUAUUUCUGGGAGUGGAAUUAUUGGUAGUUGUUUAGUGGUAUCUCAUUGUGGUUUUAACUUGCAUUUCCCUGGUUAUAAAUGAAGUUGAGUACCUUUACAUAUAUUUAUUGGCUAAUUAGGUUUCCUCUUUUGUGUGCUGUCCAGUCAAAUCUCUUGACCAUUUUUCUAUUAUGUUGUUGGAGUGUUUUAUGAAUCCUUGUCAGCUCUAUGUUGCAGAUGUCUUUCCCACUUUAUUAUGAUUUGUCUUUCACUCUCCUAAUGGUGUCCUUUUGACAAUCAAAUAAUCUUAAUUUUAACAAAUUCAAAUUAUUUUACUUUAUGAUUAUUGAUUUUUGUGGAGUGCCCCAAGGUCAUGAAGAUAUUAUCCUGUAUUAAUUUCUAGAAGUUUUAUCAUUGUUUUGCCUUAUACAUUUAGUUCUACAAUCCACCUGGAAUUAUUUUUUGGUUAUUAGGUGAGGUAGCCUUUAAGUAUUUUGUGUUUUGUUUUUUUUUUUCCUUGUGGUUAUCUAAUUGUCCACUGGGAUUGUCUUUUUCCUCUACUUUUCUGCAGUACCACCUUUGUUGUAAAUUAAAUGUCUAUGUUUCUAUGGAUCUGUUCUGGACUUCUAUUCUGUCCCAUUGGUUUAUUUGUCUGCCUUUGCACCAGUAAUUCACUGUUUUGUUUAUCAUCAGCUUAUUGGUCUUCAAGAACGUUUUGGCAAUUCUUGAUUUUUUUCAUUUUUAUAUAAAUUUUAGGGCCAGCUUGUGACAUUCAAAACAACAACAAACUACUAGAGAAUCUCAAUUUUGCUUAGGAUGGAGAAGGCUAGGAAGAGCGUCAUACUACCCUUUGAACAAGAAAAAACUGCAUGAUCUACAAAAUCAUAAUUUUUCUUAAACCCACCAGAGAUCCUAAGUUACAUUGCAACCAGAUCUUCUGAAAUGUAUGAAAAGACAGACCCCUUCAAGGAAAGACAGGAUGCAAAUAUACCUUUGGCAAAACACAGAAGAAAGAGAUGACAAACUCCUUAAAAUAACAGAUGGGGGAAACAGUGCUGGGACAACUGGUUAUCUAUAUGGAAAAGAAUGGAUCCCUUCCUCAUGCCAUAUAAAAUCAACUUUAAAAGCACUAGGUUCAAGAGAGGCUGUAGAGGGAAAAUCAAGAAUAGGAAAAGAAAUCAAUGCACAAAGCGUAUAUCUGCACUAAACAUUGAAAUUGGAAGAGAGACAGCAAUGGACAAUGGUAUGCAAAAAAAUAAGAGCUUGGAUGUGAGUCCACCUGUUGCCACGUGCUGCUGCCUCUGUCACCUUUGCAGACUUCUCCCUGUUCCUCAUUUGGCUGAUGACCUUGAUUCUUAACUUCACUGAGAAAACCAAAGCAGUCAGAGAAGGUCUUCCACCGGCUUCCACAACCACACCGACCAGCCUGCUGCAUCUAAGGGACUCUUCAGCAGCUAGAGGGAGAGGUAGAAACAGGGAAGAGGUGACAUCUGAGCUGCACUUUAAAGGACAAAUUCUAAGCAGAGGAAAACCUAGGCAAAGGACCAUGGAUACCAGUGGAUGGGAAGAAACUGGGCAGACAUCCUAGAAGCUAAACAUUUCCUGAAACAUUAGCAGGGGGUAGAUUGAAGCAUUGGUGAAAAGGAUCGGCUCUGCAAUCAGGCACCCCAUCAGCUAAUUCUUGUUCCAUCAGUGUCUACCGAGUGACCUUGAACAAGGCUGAAGAAACUCAGGAACCUAUGGACCCAGAGGGAAGGUAAUGGGGCAAAUGAGACCAAGGAAUCAGACUUUGCCGUGGGUUUACAGUGGCUGAUCCCUCUGUGAAAUGUAAGGGCUGGCCUUGGACUUUGAAUCCCAGUGUUCACCCUCCUCUGCCUGGGUGUGGACCUUCUUCCAGAGAAGCUUUGGUCUCCAGGAGAGAAGAUUGCAUGAGGCCUGGGCUUGUAUCUCUAGGAAACAGGAAGACUGCGGCAGCCGUGGGUUCACAGGGAGCCAGUGACAACAAGGCUGCCGUUUCCUCCCUGCCCCACCCACCAACCCCCCUACUCCUCAUCCUGUGGUACGUAAGCUGCCUGCACUUUGUGGAUCCCACAGGCCAUGGGCCUUCUUAGAGACCUCUGAGGCAUGAGGCUGGGGGUCACUUUAGUGGCCACGUGUCUGAGUUCACCUCUUGGAGGAGAAAACAUAUACCCUGGGACCAAUUGCAGCUCCUCACUGAUGUGCCUGCUACUCAGGCAAUAAUUGUCCAGUCUGGAACUGCUUUCUCUUCUUCCUAAAGCCUAAUGGUCCCAUCGAGUCCUGAGCUGAGGCUAGCCUCUGGAACCCAAGAAUAUGUGCUUUUAUAAACCCAAAAUACUGCAUGCUCUGCCCAAAGGAAGUGUUUCCACAAUUCCUCCCUUCCCCAGACAACUGUGUAUCAAACUGGAGGAAUUACUUUGAUAAGGUGGAUAGCGGGGGUCCUGGGACUGUCAUUGUUCUGAGUCCUGUUGCCUACAGACAGGGAGGUACCAGAGGCCAGGAGGGCGGCGAACGGCAGAUAGAGCACAGGUUGUGUGUCGGGCAGGUGGGGGUUAGUGGGGGGCUGGCAUUGUGUGUGCACACCUGCAGAGCCCCCACUUCCUUCCCACAUACCCCAACCCACCUUUCCCGGGGCACAGCAAAGGAGGGCCUUUCAUCCAUGGGUCUCACGGUCACCGAAGGCCUCACAUUUGGAUUUUUGAAAAUUUUAUCCCCAAAGAUAUGCUAAUAGGACUGGAAGAAGGAAAUUAUCAUUGGCUUUAAACUUCUGCCAAAUUUUGGUACCAUGCCCAUGAAUUUUAAAAAUAAAUCCUGCUAUUACAUUGCGAAUAGGAUGAUUACAUUGCCUUGUGUAUAUUUUAAAUUUUACAUGUGUUACAAACCUUAAUUUAAUAAAUGUAAGUUUCUAAAAUGUAUCACAAUUUUUGGAACCCUAUUGAGACAUCUCUUUAUUUAAACAUACCUAGACCCAGGCCUCUCUUGACCUCUCCUCUGGGUGGACUGUGGGAAAAGCUGUUCCCUUUCCGCAUGUCAUUUCAACUUCAGAAAAUCUAAAGAACUAAACCCUGUUUCAUUACAGCGGCUGACCUACUGAAAGAGAACUUCUAGGUUGGGCGUGCGCAGUUCAGCCUCUUUCUCAUGCCAUUAGAAAAUGCACUGCCCUGUCUUUCCCCAUCCCCUCCCUCAGUAAGGUUGUCUUGCUUACAUACUGCAGCCUGCCCAGCUCUGGCUGAUAAUUCUCAAGUCCUUUACCCUUAGACGAUGGUGCUCAACCCUAGCUGCACACUGAAAUCAAGGGAGGGGUUUUUAAAAAACUGAUGCCUGGGUCCCACCCCCAGAGAUUCUGAUUUACUUGCCAUGGGGUGUGAUCUGGGCAUUGGGAAAGCCCAGAUUAAAAGCUCCCCAGGUGGUCUUAAUACGCAGCAAAGUUUGAGAAACAGUGCACUAAGACAAUGGUUUUAAAACAUCCGUGUUAGAACUACCCUACAAUCCAGCAAUUGCACUACUAGGUAUUUACCCAAAGGAUACAAAAAUACUGAUUCGAAGGGGCACGUGUACCCCGAUGUUUAUAACAGCAUUAUCAACAAUAGCCAAAGUAUGGAGAGAGCUCAAAUGUCCAUCAACUGGUGAAAGGAUAAAGAAGAUGUGGUGUGUAUAUAUAUAUACAGUGGAAUAUUACUCAGCCAUCAAAAGAAUGAAAUCUUGCCAUUUGCGAUGAUGUGGAUGGAGCUAGAGUAUAUUAUGCUAAGCAAAAUAAGUCAGAGAAAGACAAAUACCAUAUGAUUUCACUCAUGUGGAAUUUAAGAAACAAAAGAGAUGGAACAUAGGGGGGGGAAAGAGAGAUACAAACCAGAAAACAGAUUCUUAAAUAUAGAGAGCAAACUGAGGGUGCCUGGAGGGGAGGUGGGUAGGGGUGGGCUAAAUGGCUGAUGGGCAUUAAGGACAGCAUUUGUUGGGAUGAGCACUGGGUGUUAUAUGUAAGCAAUGAAUCACUAAAUUCUAUACCUGAAAUUAAUAUUACACUGUAUGUUAACUAACUGGAAUUUAAAUAAAAACUUGAAAAGGGAAAAAAGGAAAACAUUAGAAUGUAUCAGAUUAACAUUUGGUGCUUACUAAAAAUCAGCUUGCUGGGCCCCAUCCCCACGGUUUCUGAAUCAGAAUUUCUGGAUGGUGCCUGAUAAUUACAUUUCUAACAAGUUCAAGUUCCCAGGUGAUGCAAUGCUGCUGGUCCAGGGACCACAUGUUGAGAACCAGUGUCCUAAAUGAAAGAAGCCAGGGAGAUGGGCCGGAGAGGGAAAUAUGAGUGAAUGCACGAAGAUCCAGCUAUUUCUUAUUCUCAAACUCUGUAGUUGGCUUCAGAGGCCAGGAUGCUUCUAAGUUCCAGAGUAUGGGUCACUAUAGAUGCGGCUGUACAGAAAGUCCAAGUGGGAUUAAGUUGAGUCCAGGCAGCUGGGACCCCCCAGUGGUUGGAUAAGGCGUGGGUCUGAAACAGAGUCUGCAGAUCUGGAUGGGCUCUGACCAGAAAUGUGUCACAUGUGUAAUUUCCUAUUUUCUAGUCCUAUUAAAAAAAACUAGAAAGAGGGGCACUGGGGUGGCUCAGUCAGUUAAGUGGCUGCCUUCGGCUCAGGUCAUGAUCUCAGGGUCCUGGGAUCAAGCCCCAAAUCAGGCUCCCUGCUCAGUGGGGAGUCUGGUUCUCCCUCUCCCUCUGCCUGCAGCUUCCCCUGCUUAUGCUCUCUCUCCCUCUUUCCCUCAUUCUGUCUGUCGAAUAAAUAAAUAAAAUCUUAAAAAAAAAAAAAAAACUGGAAAGAAACCGUGAGAUUGACUUUAACAAUCUGUAUAUUGAAUCUAAUUAUCCAAGAUCUUACCAUUUUAACAUGUCAUCAACAUUAAAAAUUAUUCAUGCGAGAGUUUGCAGUCUUUUUUUUCUGCUAAGCCUUGGAAUCCGGUUUUACACCUGGAGCCUAUCCCCGUUCAGACUAGCCACCCUUUUCAGGGGCCGCAUGCGCGCAGCACAGGUCUCGAUACACCACGUGCUGGGGCUGUGCGCUCCUGAGGAAGGGCUGAUGCACACGGGUCUCCCCUUCCCUCGGCAGCAGGCAGCCCCUCCUUCCUGCCCUUCCUAGAGCCCCUGGAAUCUCUUCUCAGGGUCUGACAGUCUUUGCCAUGUUCUGCGCCAGCAGCGCUGCCGGAGAGCACAAAAGGUGGAGUGGCCGAAUCAAGUCUGCGCGUCUGAGGACAGGAUCCGAGAGGUUCUAAGAUACAAGCAGAGCCUGGCUCUUUGGGGGAGACGAUGAGGCUUCUGUUGGAGAGAAAAUGGGCGUUGAAAUUGAGGAAGAGAGCGAAGAGAAAGCUGUGGUUGAACAGAGCAGUAGAACCAGGAUGGGGUUUUCUUUUGAAUGCGGCAAGCGGGAAUGAGCUGAUAUUUCUAGUGCUUACCGAAGUUUUUCCCAGCACUGUGUCACCCAUCCCUGCGCUCUCCCGGCGGCAUGCUGCCCUCUCUCCGAUUGAAGUCAUUAAACACUCAAGUAUUGAGCGCCUACUGCAUGUGCAAGCCUACUGUGAAGCAGUCGAUUGUAAUUAUUGGGAUCAUAUGUUUUAGAAAGUCAGGGCUGAGUUCAAAUUCCCGUUUUUGCGAUACGAUCUUAGGCAAGUUACUUAAUCUCUACGCCACGGUUUCUUCAUUUCCAAAAUGGGGAUAAUACCACCUAUACCACAGAAAUCUGGUGAGGUCGGUGCCUGGCGUGCGGGCACUCAGUGAAUGGUAGCAGCUGGGACUAAGUGAGGUGAGGCAGGUGCCGAGGGUGCGACAUUUAAAGAUUUUAUUUUUUAUUUAUUUAUUUGAUAGAGAGAGACACAGCGAGAGAGGAAACACAAGCAGGGGGAGUGGGAGAGGGAGAAGCAGGCUUCCUGCUGAGCAGGGAGCCUGAUGCAGGGCUCCAUCUCAGGACCCUGGGACCAUGACCCGAGCCGAAGGCAGACGCUUAAUGACUGAGCCACCCAGGCGCCCCAGUUUCCCUCAAUGUUAACAUUAGUAACUUUAGUAUAAUAUCACAACUGGGGUAGCCAUUAAUAUGGUCAAAAUAUAGAACAUUUCCAUUACUACAAGGAUCCCUCAUUGCCAACUUCCUGCCCCACCAUGCCCUACUUAAAUGCUGGUAACCAUUAAUCUGUUCUCCACUUCUAUGAUUUUGUCCUUUUUAAAAAUAUUAUAUAAAUGGAAUCAUGCAGUAUGUAACUUUUUGGGAUUGGCUUUUUUCAUUCAGCACAAUUCUCUGGAGAUUCAUCCACAUUGUUGUAGGUAUCAGUAAAUCAUUCCUUUUUUAUUGCUGACGACUAUUUCACAUUUGUUUUAACCAUUCCCUUAUUGAAGGAUGUCUAAUCAUUUCUCAUUUUGACUUUUGUGAAUAAAGGAUCUCUAAACAUUCAUGUUCAAGUUUUUGUGUGAAUGUAAGUUUCAUUUCUCUGGGAUAAAGGCCAAGGAGUGUGAUUGCUGGGUUGUAUGGUAGUUACGUGUUUAGUUUUAUAAGAAACUGUCUUAUUUAGUGGCCUGUCUAUCCUGGUACUCCUUUUUUUUUUAAAGAUUUUAUUUAUUUAUUUGACAGAGAGAGACGCAGUGAGAGAGGGAACACAAGCAGGGGGAGCGGGAGAGGGAGAAGCAGGCUUCCCGCCGAGCAGGGAGCCCGAUGCGGGUCUCGAUCCCAGGAUCCUGGGAUCGUGACCUGAGCCGAAGGCAGAUGCUUAACGACUGAGCCACCCAGGCACCCCAAGAGUGUGACAUUUAAGGAGGCACUUGCACUCGGGGUUGUGCGCAUGGCACCGUGUGGCGCUCUCCCCACCAUCCCCAUUGUUGCUCUUGUACGAUUACACUGUGGUAGGUGCCAGGCUGUGUAAGGCCCAGUCCCUUCUCCCAAGGAGUGUCGGGUCCAUGAGGGGAGAGAAGAUGUAUAUGCACAGACAAAUCAGAGAUGAACUCGAUGUCAUGAUUGCCUUGAGGGAGGAAGGAGAAAUCACUUCCACCGGAGGGAUUCAGAGACUGUGUCCUGGAAGAAUGGAUGAAGUAUCGGGAGGCAGAGACCGAGGGGGAGGACAGUGGGGAGAGAGAAUGGUUUGGUCAAAGCCACAGAGGUGAAGAACUGUGCUCAGGGAGCAGGGAAUGGUUGUGAUACGAGCGCAUGGAGGCAGUUAAAAGGGAAGAGUAAGAGGCUGGUUGCAGGGCUUGAAAUACCAGGCUAAGGGGUUUGGAUUGUACUUGGUAAAAAAUGGAAAGCCACAGACUGCAUUCCAGGAAGGAGUAACCACAGUUAUGAUGAAUACCUUUUCCUUUGGAAACAGAGGGAUUUUUGAGAGUCAGACUUGAUUGGCAUUGCCCUGUCAAAACUGAACACAAGCUCUUGUGCUUUGAGACACAUGUAACUUGUAAAUCAUAGUAUCCGUUAGCACCCCUUUCCAACCCCACUCCCCCAAAGUAACCAUGGUGACCGGUGUGGUGUGUAUCCUUCCAGACUUUCCUCUGUUCAUAGACAAUAUAGAGAUUGAAAAAAAUUGUAACCAAAAUUGGAUAUCAUAUUUACUGUUCUGCUAUUUACCUUUUUUAUUGUAGAAAACAUACAUCACAUAGAAUUUUACCAUUUUCACCACUUUUAAGGGUACCGUUGAGUAGCAUUAAGUCCAUUCACAUUGUUGGGCAACUAUCGCCACCAUCCAUCUCCAGAACUCUUUUUUAUCUUCCCGAACUGAAAAGCUGUACUCAUUAAACACUGCCUCCCUAUUCUCCCCUCCCCCACCCCACCUCUAGUAGCCACCAACUCUACUUUCCAUUUUUAUGAAUCUGACCACCUCAGAUAAAUGGAAUCAUACAGGAUUUGUCCUUUUGUGACUGGCUUAUUUCACUUAGCAUACUGUCUUCAAGGUUCAUCUAUGUUAUAGGAUAUGUCAGAAUUUCCUUCCUUUUAAAGGCUGAAUAAUAUCCCAAUGGGCAUAUAUAUAUAUAUAUAUAUAUAUAUAUAUAUAUAUAUAUAUAUAUUUGGUUUGUCCAUUCAUCCAUUGAUAGACACUUGGGUUGCUUUCACCUUUUGGUGUACUAUUAAAUAAUACAUUGUGGACAUUUCUCCAUGUAAAUCCUUACAGAGCCCUUCGUUCUUCUUAAUGGCUGCCUAAUACUCCAUUAUGUGGAAGUGACUAGUCUAGAAUCACACAACUAGCUGGUGAUAUAGUGGGGAUUUGAAUCCAGUUCUUUCUGACUCCGAAAGCUGAGGGCUUUUCACCACUUCAGGAGACAUGAGGGAUGCGUACAUUUUGAGCCACCACAUGGACAGCCUAGCAUUAGGCUGGUAUAAAAUAAUAUGAGACAAACUGACUGGGUCCUGAGAAGAUUCUGAUAAAUGAAGAGAGUGCGUGGAGGUCAGGUCUAGCCCUGAUUUAGAAGUCCCCACUCUGUCCUCCCACAAUGCAGUUAUCACCAGUUCUCUGUCAAAGCUGACCUGGGCCUCUCUCAGGGUAGCUCUGGAAUGCGGUAGUCCUCCCUUAUCCAUACGGGGGAUACGUUCCAGGCCCCCCAGUGGAUGCCUGAAACUGUGAAUAGUACUAUCUAAGCAUCAAAACUGUAUGCUAUGUUUUUUCUAUACAUGCCUACCUGUGAUAAAGCUUAAUUUAUUAAUUAUGCACAGUAAGAGAGUAAUCAUAAAACAGAACAAUUAUAACAAUAUACUGUAAUAAAAAUUAUGUGAAUAUGGUCUCUCUCUCUCUCAAAAGAUCUUAUUGUAGCGAACUCACUCCUGUGAUGAUGUGAGAUGGUAAAAUGCCUACACGAUGAGAUGAGUGAGGUGAACGAGGUAGGCCUCGUGACAUAGCGUUAGGCUACUAUUGACCUUCAGCAACAGGAGGAAGUCUACAAGAAGAUACUGUUGACCUUCAGAAUAAGGAUCAUCUGCUCCUGGACCACAGCCAACCACGGAUCGCUGCUGACCACGGGAGAGGAGGAAACUGGCCCCCCCACACGUGAGCUUCCCCUGCCUCCGCCUUGAGGAUGUGGUUGCCAGGCAAGCUGUGUGGAAUGGAAAAUCAAUCAGACUGUCAUGAAGAGGAUAUUCCCUGAAGAAGAUUGCUGGUGACAGUGAAUUUGUCACCCACCUUACUUUCUUUUACUGAGCAAUGGGAAUUUCCUCCACAGUGAGUGAGACCCGGUGUUAUUACAGUGUCUGAAUUCAGGCAGGCCUUUUACGGACAAGCCAAGUUUUCAUUCCAUUGUCUCGCUGUCAUUGGCUCAUCUGAUCUCCACACUGGUUAAUUAGUUUCAAAUCCCUUCAUAUUGAUCUAAUAAAAUCGGCUUGUUUAAUUCA